ACACUCUCAUAGCAACUAUGCACAAAUAAGAUCUUGUUUGGAUCCACCCAAGUAAAAUUUAGCUAGCUAAAUUUUAGAAUUUUUUUUAGCUAGUUAAAGUUUAGCUAAGGGUGUUUGGAUCGAAUGGCUAAAUGAUAGUUGAAAAGGUAUUUGCCUAUUCUACUCCUCCCUCCCACUUUAGAAACUUUUCCCAAGAAAGGUGGAUGGGCAAUUUCGUAUUUAGCAGUUUAGCUGAGUUUAGCUAGAUUCAACCAGCUAAAUGAAUCUUUAGCCAGUUAAACUUUAGCUAGGUACUGUUUGGAUCUAUAGCAGCUAAAAUUUAGCUGUUACAAGCAUUAAGCCAUUUUCUUCCAUGCUAAUCUAUCUAAUAAUUCUACACUUGCAUUCUACGUGAUGGAGGUAAGGGCCAAGAGGACGAAGUAACUAGUGCAGCAAACUUUUUUUUUUUUUGUUUUGCAAGGUGUGCAGCAAAUCAAUUUGGCAUUAUUAAAUGCAAACAUGAUGUACAGUGAACAUCAACAAGAUAGCUUGUCGCCCCACGUUACAAAGUGCUGAUCAGCAAGGAUGAUUUGUCGUUGUGUACCAGUACAUGGAGUACUGGAUAAUUGAACUGUGGUUUAACUUGGCCGGUCUGGCUUUUCGUAUUCCUCUUUCCUCAUGACUUUCCCGGCUGGAGAAAAGAUGCAUGGUUUUGCCUCGCACAAAAGUUAAAGCUGCGAGCCACAGGACAAAGCUGCGAGACACAGGACAGAGAGGGCACGGAGCAGCCACAGAAACAAGCUGCACUUUGCAUUGUUCUUCCCCUUCUCAUUGGUGAGCCGCUAGCUAGUGUAGCGUUGGGGUUGGGGCCUUUGGGGGAGCCAAGAAACAUUGGAACGAGAGAAUGGCGUGCGAUUCGGGGGGCGAGGAGGUGAGGCCGCAGGAACCGCUUCCGGCCGUGGAGGUGCUGGAGCAGCACCGUCGCCCGCUCCUUGUCGACGCGCCGGUCCAGGCACGCCCAUUGCAGCGUCGUCGUCGUCUCCACGCGCCCGCCCAGCUCGUCGCGGUGGUCAUGCUCCGGCGACGAGCACCGACCGGUGACGAAGAACAAGACGACGCCCUUGCGACGAGAACCGCCGAGGUUGGCCUUCUCCUCGCGCCGCGUCAGCCUCUUCAACUGCACAUUUUGUUUGCUGGCCUUCGUGAAUCUUGGUAUUGGAACGCGCGCCGCCUUCUCGUCGGUGGUUUGGUUUUACGAGUGGUUUGCUGCGAUUUAUUUCGUCCUUGGUUUGACUCCGCCGCCAUGGUCAUUGUCCUCGCCUCCUUGGCAUGCUAUUCUCACUCGUGCCGAUCUACUUGUCAAAAAAAAAAAACAUUUCAGGGUCCAAGUGGAGAAACAAGCGCGUGCCUGAGACUUUUUUGAGGAAGGUCUACUAUAUCCACGUGGUGGACAUAUACAGUUAAAAGAUUAUAGAGAGUUUUUAGACUCUAGUCCUUAACAAUGAGGAGCUCAAAACACAAGAAAGAAAACUCUAACACAAAGAAAAUAAUCAGAAGACUAAGCUUCAUUCUUCUUCUUCGUACAUGCUUCAUCCUUGCAUUGUCUUCAUGCAUCACAAAGCCAUCACAUCUUUCGUCUGCUUAGAAACUUGAUGCCAAACUUGGAAUACUUGUCUUCUAUCGCUUGCACAACAAACUCCGUCUUAGGCAAUGAAGGUCGGGUCAAAGGACUUCCAAGGUGACGUCUCUAGGAAUGAGAAAAGAAGAAAAGAAGAGGUUGCCCAAGUGGAGGAGAAACAAGCUUCAGCAAGGAGGCCUUGGGCCGCCUCUGUAUCUGUAACGGCCCAGUAGAGCAGAUCCAGAUCCAUGGAGGCCACGGGAUCACAGCAUCUCUUCUUCAGGCACAGGAGUACAUGUCUGCUGGUUUCAUUUUGGGUGAUGGGAGAGCCCUGCUUGCGCUUGACAUUGCUCCAAUGAACACUACAAGGGUUUCAGUUAAAUGGCCACUGGGCACCUCAGUUGAUGAUCUUUUGUCUUAUCUGCAAGUAAGGGAUCCCAAGGCAGAUAAAACCAGAGGCAUUGGGGACGUGGAUUGCAGAGACGCCACGAAGGAAUGUGUUGCUACCUUCCUGCUUCUGGUGGUCGACGGCAAGGCAUCACCACCAGCGAGUGUCUUGGUGGAGGAUAUUAGCACAAUGAGAUCAAUUUGCACCUCUGUUGUGGAUGAGGCUUUAUCAACACAGGAUGCCUCAUGUCGUGAUCCCAGUGAAAGGAGAGAGGCCAUGCUUUGCUUGAUUCAGCUACUGAACCGAUUUCGAGUGGAACAUAAACUUGACUGGUGAAGCUUGCCGCCUCUACUUAACGCUGCCAAGGUUCGAGACAUGAAUACCACAGAGAUGCUUCUGGGGGGGAAUUCUGAUGUCGACGAAAUUAUCGCCAUAGGGAGCAUAGGGCUUUACUGGAUCCUCAUUGUCAUUGGUACCUCAAGAACACAGGAACAAAGAACUGUGUGGCUCCUGCUGAAGAACAAUGCCAGAAUUUUCCAGGGAAACACACAUGGACCAAUACAUAUGGCAGCAUUCCAGAAUAUGUGUUGCAAUAAAAACUCUGCAAGCAUGAUACCAUGGUACAGUAGCUCACUUCGAAAGAAUCAGUUGAUGAACAAGGAAGGCGGUGGCUGGCUUCUGGAUGAAGAAUUGGAUGAUUUUAAUAGAUGCUAUACUGGGCCUGAUGCAUCAACAGGCCUUGUGUCUAGCAUUUCUUCUGCACAAGUGGCUAGGAUAAAGAGCCAGGGUUAUCUGAAACAAGGCUCCAAGUUUGAGACUGCGCUUGAGAUUGCUCCAGUGAACACAAGUUAAAUGGCCACUGGGCACCUCAGUUGAUGAUCUUCUGUCUUAUCUGCAAGAUCUCAAGGCAGAUAAAUCCAGAGGUAGGUCGAUUGCAGAGAUGCCACGGAGGGAUGUGUCAUGCUGCUGCUUCUGGUGGUUGACGACAAGACAUCACCACCAGCGAGUGUUGUGGUGGAGGGCGUUAGCACAAAGAUGUCGAUUUGCAACUCUCCUGUGGAUGGGGCUUUAUCAACACAUGCUGCUUCUUGUGAUCCCAGUGAAAGGAUUCAUCUAUUCAACCGAUUUGGAGUGGAACAUAAACUUGACUGGAGAAGCUUGCCACCUCUACUUAACGCUGCCAAGGUUCGAGACAUAAAUAUCAUAGAGAUGCUUCCGAGGAGGGAUGCUGAUGUCAACGAAGUUAAUGCCAUAGGGAGCAUAGAGCUUUACUGGUUCCUCAUUGAUACCUCAAGCACACAGGAGCCAAGGAUUGUGUGGCUCCUGCUGAAGAACGAUGCCAGAAUUUUCCAGGGAAACACACAUGGACCAAUACACAUGGCAGUAUUUCAGACCAUGUAUCUCAAUAGAAACUCUGCAAGCAUGAUACCAUGGGACAGUAGCUCAAUUCAAAAGAAUCAAGUGAUGAACAAGGAAGGCGGUGACUGGCUUCUGGAUGAUGAAUUGGAUAAUUUUGAAGGAUGCUAUACUGGGCCUCAUGCAUGGUAUUCUGCCAGGAAAGCACUAGUCAUUGGGUUAAAGAGAGCAAACCAAAUGCAGCCCCAAGGCAUUGGAUUUAUACAGUCUGAAAUUGACAAGGGGGUGGUCAAUGCAGAGGACAACAUGGUUAGGAAGACAGUGGAUGUAGAGGAUACUCUUCCUAGAGAAUCCUUUCCUGCAGAACUCCAGAGGGCUACUUCUCAUAGUAUGUUGGAUGGUGAACUCAGCAAAAAACAUAACCUUCACAAGUGGUGCCUAUUGCCAGUGCUGCACCUCCCAUCAUGGUUCUUUAUAUUCAGGAAGUGGUUGCCAGGAUUUCAAGUGGUUGCAGCCAAACAACUUAGAGAGAUGUACAUGUUGAUUUCUGUAAGGGGUGAUGUUCGAGCAAAAUGCAUAAUGAAGCUUUCUCAUAGCGUGCAUGGUUAUUAUAAGCCAAGAGACUCGAUGCAAUUCCUUCCAGGCGUCUGCAAGAUGUGUGUAGUUCCUGUAAGAACUGGCCCUGCAACAAACAUGGUCUAUCUGCCACUGCUUUCGCAAACAAAGCGUGAACUUGAAGAAUCAGAGUCAGAUUAUCAAUACCCAAUAUCUCCUAUUACUGCCAACAUCACUGGGGACUCUCAUGAUAUUCAGAGCCAGCAGUUCGAACCAUGCUGUGAGAGCAAUAAUGUUGAGAGCCGGCAGGGCAACGAGUGCAGACUGAGCAAUGUUGACAGCCACCAGGAUGGUGAUUCCACUAAAGAUGAUAGAUCGGUGAUAUCUAUUUUUGUGAGGCAUGUUUCUGGGGAGUUGGCAUUAACAGUUAGUCUGGAUCAAUCUUUACAACAUUUGAUGCACCUGUACGCACAAAAGACGAAGACGAAACUUGAGUGCCAGUAUCUUGUCUAUGGGAGGAAAACACUUGAACCUGAUCAUACCUUUCUAUUUUAUGGGGUAGAACGGGACACUACGGUGCAUAUCCUGUACCAGGCUACUUGGAGGAAUGUGAGUUCAAAAUAUUAUUUUUUCAGUCCUUUCGUGUGUUUUUCCAAAUCCAUUAUUUUAUAGCUUUGUUGAUCGAUAGUCACAUUGUAUAUAUUUCAGAGUGACUGUAGGGGAAUAUCUUAUUAGUAACAAAGAGAAGUUUUUAUUAGAGGUUACAUUACCAGAUGGCAGGAUUUCAUUGGAGAUGACCAAGGAAGGAUGUUUGUUUGUGUCAACUUGGUUAAAGUAUUUUACAAGUGCAUUUGCUGAUUCCAAAAGCUGGGAUGGGAAUUUCACUUCGAAGGAUUUUAAAAAGUUACUAUACCAAUGGACAUGUUCUGGUUAUUACUAGUCCUAAAGGCAUGCUUACCAGUAGCUCAUUGAGAGCUGAUUUGGUAGUGCUAGUUCAGUAUAUAAGGACAAUUUUCUACAAGAACAAACCAAAUUUGGUUUCAAAAUUUCCACCCUAUCUAGAAAACUUAACUACUUUUUUAGAAUCAAUGAAAUCUCCAGUCUUAACUGCUGUGGAUAGGCCUUUCAUUGAGACACAUAUGUGCUGUGUGGAAUCUGCUGCUAGGGGCAUGCUAUUAGUUCGGUUGCGAAGAAUGUACAAGAGCUUGGAUGAAUCUCAACAAUAUGUGUGGGAUAUGGCAAUGCGAGAAGGAAACGAUAGUAAAGAAUAUUUUGUCACAUUUGAUAGCUCUCCAAAGUUGCAGCGUUCCAAGAUAUGGUAGCGCAUGUUGAGAAUACUCCUCGACCAUAUACAACUUCGAAGACCAGCACCCUCCGAUUGAUGAGAGAUGAAUACGUGCAUGCCCCGUCGAAACGAUUUUUGCGCAUUUAUAGCAAAAUACCAAUUUGGCUACUUCCAAAUUGGGAACUAAACAAGGCCAGGGAAGGGAGCGGCGGCUGCUACGAGAAUUGAGGUCUUGAGGAGCGAACGGGAAGCACAGAGCGCUGUGCUUCGGAGAAGGGAGGGAGCAUGUGGCCGCCUGCGCCUGACCUGCCUAGACAAGUCUACUAAACCCUGGAAGGAAAAAUUCAAGAAUGAUCAUGGUAUUGAGCUGAUGAUACCUGCAUAUAUACAAUAAGGAUUUGAUUCCUAACAUCCUUCUAAAUUGGAUCAGGAAUACAGAAGUUGACAUCAAGUCAGAGCUACUUGCAGUUCAGGCUCGGUGUACCUGCAACAUAUGCCAUCCUUCACAUUCAGGAUUACCGAGGAUUCAUUAUUUAGAUCAAAGAUUCGAAAUACAUCAUCUACUCAUUUAUAGAUCUCCCUUAUCCGGUGUACCCAGGGGCGGAGCCAAGAUUUGAGGCUCCAAGGGUGGAGAGUCUUCAAAUGCGGGGAAGGGGAAACAGCCUGCUGAAGCAGCCACAAGUUCAGGGUUUCCACAGCCUGCAUCACCCGCCCAAGCAGCCGCAAAUCCAUUGUUUUCACAGCCUGCGUCACCUGCCCAAGCAGAAGCAACAAAUCCGCAUGGAUCGCCCGUCAGGAGAUCGUUUCUAGACGCGGUCAAAUCUACUUCUACUACACUGCAGUCAUCUUCGUCAUCACGGUUCAGUUCGCCGUCAUCACAAGAACCAAGGGUAAAGGGAAGCAGUGCAAGUGAUAGCUGCUAGGCUGCGGGAUGGGUUGGGCUCCCAUCAUCUUCUCGUUUUCGACUUCUGUGCGGUUGACAUUGACUCUCAUUACUACCUCGAUCUUGGACUUAUUUGACAGCCACGACGGCUUGUUAGGCAUUUGACGAACUCAUCAAACUACUUGGACUUAUUUGACAGCCAGUGGCUUGUUAAGCAUUUGACAAACUCAUCAGAUCAUGCA